UCUCUCUCUUCCUAACACCAAAUGAUCUUAUCGGGUUUAUUUGGUUUACAUGGAAAUGCAUUUAUAUAUAUAUAUGAUGAUGGUGUGUCACCCGAGGGAUGGAUUCAAGAUUUGAAAAUAGAGUGGGUUAAAUUUAUCUUACAUAUAAACCGAAAAAGGUUGACAGUACGAGUGAAUUUUAAGGUCAAUUAGCAAUUACAUAAUAAACUUCUCCAUGAAAGGAAAAGAAUUAAAAGCAUUUAUUAUCCAUUACAAAAGAAGGGGAAAAAAAAAACUAAACCAUUUUAAUCCGUCUAGACAAGCCAAUUUGGAAAAUAAAAAUGAACAUAAAGGUAGCCAAAAUUUGUAAGGAAAAAAAAAUUGUCGUUUUAUGUACACUAGAAAAGGUAAUUUUUUUUUUUUUAAAAGGAAAAAAGUAAAGGAUGUUCUCUAGGAAUGUGUGUUUUUUGAAAAGGGCUGAGUAUUAAAUAUUUAUGUGAGGUUAAUUUUUAUGCCACACUUGUGGGAUUAGUUAACUAAAGAAAAAAAAAGAUUUUAUGUGGUUGGGAUUGUUGGGAUGGAGGGUGUGGAGGUGUGCUUUGGUGGGCUAAGUACUAAUAUUGGACUAUAGUAAAAUAUCACGUCGCUCGGGCUAUAGCCCAUGUUAGCAUGGACAUAAGAUCGUCCUUCGAAACCCCUAAACAAAACUUUUUUUUGAGGAAUAUAUGUAUAUUAUAUAUAUUUUUCCUUUCAGAAUUUACUCAAGUUAAAUGGUACUUAUGGUAACUUUUUAGGUUCAAAGGUAUUUUUUUCUCGCAAUCUAUUUGGCACAUAAUAUACACACGAGAUUGUUGCUUUGGAAAAAUCGUGUUAAAAUAAUACUCGUUGUGAGAAUGUCACAUAAGUUGGAAACUAAAGAUUGAGUUGUAUGGUAUUGUUAAAUUUAGUUCCGAGGUCCUUAAAUUUAGAGGUGAACAUUGGAACCGAAGAGUCGGCCAACUAAACCAAAUUGGGCCCAAAAAAACCAAGAAAAAAUUGUGUUGACUAAAAAGUCAAACUCGAUUCAAAAAAUCUAGCUGUACCGGUUUUGGCCGAUUCCAAUUUCAAUUCUACACCCAAAAAAAGGGACUAAACCGAACCGGACCGGUCAAAUUAAAAAAUAUAUAAUUUUAUUAUUUAUCUAUAUAUUGUUAGACCUCUACACCAAGCCCAAUUCCGAAAGUCUAAUAAGUAAAUAAGCCCAACUCCAUUUCUUAACCAUCUCACCAAGCCCAACUCGUUUAUUUAUUUUUAUUUUACUUCGAAGCAGACCCAAUCUUUAUAUUAUUCAUUUGUAGCUCCCUCAACCAUUUCUCAUAACCCUAGCCGACCACUCACAAGGUAGGAGAGCUUCUAAUGUUAGGCAAGUUUUAAAUUAGGAGAAAUUCUUACGUCUGCGUGCCGGAUCCAGUGGAUUGUCCAUCAACCCUCACAAAAAGUUAUGAAAGCUCAGGAUUUGCCAGGAACACUCCCAGUAGAGAUGGCCAGGCUCACCUAUCUCAAAGAAAUUGACCUCUCCCGCAACUACCUGAAUGGUACCAUCCCUCCAGAAUGGGGCUCCCUUCCACUUGUCAACAUUUCCCUUCUUGCAAACCGUUUGACCGGUCCUAUCCCCAAAGAGAUUGGAAACAUCACAACCUUGAAGAGUUUGGACAUCACUAUGAAUAAUUUAUCUGGAGUGCUCCCUUGGCAGCUUGGGAAUUUGCGCCACAUAGAAAGAAUGCUUCUUACCUCAAAUAAUUUUACUGGGGAGUUGCCAGAUACAUUUGGAAAUCUUACCACACUAAAAGACUUCCGGGUGGGUGACAGUCACUUUACUGGGCAGAUACCUCAUUUUAUUCAGAACUGGACAAAUCUUGAAAAAAUACUGAUUCAGGCUAGUGGUUUGACGGGGCCAAUUCCUUCCAACAUUUCUCUUUUGACAAAAUUAACUGACUUGAGAAUUACUGACUUGAGUGGGCCUGAAGCACCCUUUCCUCCACUUGAGAAUAUGAAAAGCAUGAAGACACUGAUGUUGAGGAGUUGCAAUAUUAUUGGACGGCUACCUCCAUAUCUCGGGGACAUGAAUAGUUUGACUACUUUAGACCUCAGCUUUAACAAGCUAACCGGGGAAAUUCCAAUCAGCUUUGUUGCUCUAGCAAAAGUGGAUUAUAUAUUCUUAACUGGAAACUUGCUGACUGGACCCGUGCCUACUUGGACGAAAAAAGAAGUUGAUCUUUCAUAUAAUAACUUCACCAUAGGGGACACAGGUUGUCAAUCACAAGGCGGCUUGAACUUGUUUGCAAGCUCUUCAAAGGGAAAUAGUUCAAAAACUGUUUCAUGUUUCAGAACUCCAAAAUGUCCAAAAACUUGGUACUCUCUCCAUAUAAAUUGUGGUGGAAAAGAAGUAACUGUUUUUGGGGAAAAAAAUACAUUUAAUAGUGACACAGAUUCAGUUGGACAUUCAUCAUUUCGCCAGAGCUCAACAAAUUGGGCUUUAAGCAGCACUGGUUACUUUACUGAUGAUGGCCUUCCUCAAGACACCUUUAUCCAAACUAAUAAAUCUAUACUCUCUAUGCCCAAUCCACAACUGUACACGGAAGCACGCCUUUCUCCCAUCUCUCUAACUUAUUUUGGGUUUUGUCUGGGAAAUGGAAACUACACUGUAAACCUCCAUUUUGCAGAGACAGGGUUUACAAAUGGCAAAACAUAUAAAAGCCUGGGAAGGCGUAUAUUUGAUGUUUACAUUCAGGGGAGACUAGUGCAGAAGGAUUUCAAUAUUGUCGAUAAAGCUGGUGGGAUUAGUACUGCAGUCAUAAUGAACUAUACUGCUGUCGUAACUAGUGGUACCUUGGAGAUCCGUUUUUAUUGGGCUGGGAAAGGGACGACCGGUAUCCCUCUUAGAGGAGUUUAUGGUCCUCUUAUAUCAGCUAUUUCUGUAGAUCCUGACUUUGUACCCCCUGCAUCUGGUGGAAGUGGCAUAUCUGUAGGUGCAGUAGUUGGAAUUGUGGCUGGGGGAGUCUUCAUUAUAUUACUGAUUUUUGGUAUUCUUUGGAGGAGAGGCCUCCUAGGACAACAAAAUACUUUGGAGGAUGAUUUAAAGGGCGUGGACCUGCAAACUGGUAAAUUUAGCUUCAGGCAACUCAAAGAUGCCACAAACAACUUUGACAUAUCCAAUAAGAUUGGCGAAGGUGGUUUUGGAUCUGUUUACAAGGGCCUUCUAUCAGACGGCACCGUAAUUGCUGUCAAGCAGCUUUCUUCCAAAUCAAAGCAAGGGAAUCGUGAAUUUGUGAAUGAGAUAGGCAUGAUUUCUGCUCUGCAACACCCUCAUCUUGUCAAGCUUCAUGGAUGCUGUAUUGAAGGAAAUGAACUAUUGCUUGUCUAUGAGUACAUGGAAAAUAAUAGCCUUGCUCGUGCUUUGUUUGGACCAGAACAAAGUCAGUUGAAGUUGGAUUGGCCAACAAGGCACAAGAUCUGUGUUGGUAUAGCAAGAGGUUUGGCUUACCUCCACGAGGAAUCAAGAUUGAAGGUCGUUCAUAGAGACAUCAAGUCUACUAAUGUGCUGCUUGAUAAAAAUCUUACCCCAAAGAUAUCUGACUUUGGAUUGGCCAAGCUUGAUGAAGAGGAUAACACACACAUUAGCACCCGUAUUGCUGGAACUUAUGGAUAUAUGGCGCCUGAAUAUGCAAUGCGGGGUUAUCUGACUGACAAAGCAGAUGUUUAUAGCUAUGGAAUUCUUGUAUUGGAAAUUGUUAGUGGGAGGAACAACACCACUUACAGAGGAAAGGAAAAAAGCUUUUAUCUUCUUGAUUGGGCACAACUACUAAAAGGGCAAGGGAAUUUGAUGGACCUAGUGGAUCCAAGGUUGGGCUCAGACUUCAACAAAGAAGAGAUGAUGCUUACAAUCAAUGUGGCUCUCCUCUGCUGCAAUGUCACUUCAACAGUUAGGCCUACCAUGUCUUCAGUUGUGAGCAUGCUUGAAGGCAGGGCUGCUGUUCAGGAAUUGGUCUCAGAUCCAAAAGCCUCAAAUUUUGAGAUCGAAGCAAUGAGGAAACAUUUUCAAUCCAGUUUCGGAAGGAACACCGGCGAGAGCCAGACACAAACUGCGUCAACUGAAGGGCCUUGGACUGGUUCAUCUACAUCUGCUCAUGAUCUCUAUCCAGUCAAUCCUGAUUCAACUUACUGGGACAACAGAAAAUAGAGAAACUGAGCAAACUUUCUUCAUUCUCAAACUUAUAUGUUCAUGUAUCAUUUCUACUCCCUCUCUAAAUACACACACAUAUAGCUGAAAGAAUAAUAUAGAUGUUUCCACA